AUGUCCUUCUCAAACCACCGCAACGAGGAAAUCAACGAGACCGACGAGGAGCUAGAGGCUGGCGAGCAAGAGAUCGAUUACGAAGGAACACUCGAUGUGACCAUCCAUCAAAUGAAUUGCUUGUUGGACGAAGUCACAGGCUUCAGCGUCCGCAGAAACGGUGACGGCGAUGUUAUUCCCGGUUCAAUGAGUACUUUCGAGGCCGAUCAAGAAUCAAUUGAUAGAGCCGUUGAAACAGCCACCAGUGCCACUGGGGCCAACAGAAGGCGCCGUCGUCUGCCACCUGUUAGACCUCCACGUUCACCCCGACCAAUCCACACUUGGGACGAACUGGUGCAAAUGCUUCCGGUUUCUCCCAUUGAAAGAGAGCGCCAAGCUGCGGAAAUACCUUCGGCACGCGACCCAGAUAGCGGGCCAGACCCGUCAACCAGUCCUAGCGCUUGGGAACCGUACAUCGAGUAUUUUCUCUGGACAUGCCGUGGGAACGUGCCAUUGAUCACCGAUCACUUGCAGGCCAUCUUUGGCUUCAACCCUCCUAUUGACGAAACCGCUGUUGCGGCAAGGCUUGGUGGAGUUCACGCGUACAGACAGAUGACCUUUUUGCGCAAGUAUCUCCCUGGUGAGACCCACUCCUUGCAGCGAGCAGAGGCCCGGGGGGUAAUCUACGAAGCCAAUAUAUCACACCCUGAUGUCCGCAUGGGAUCCCAGGACUUAGAGCUGAGGCAGUUAGACUCGGGACAUCCGGAAUAUGUUCAGCCCAUCCUGCCUUGCUGGGCGCCACGCAGUUGGAACAGAGAGGAUGAUGCUUUUGCUGCCUUGUAUUUGGGUGAGCAUCCGGCCGUGUUUCAACGCGAAUACAGCUGGACACUUUCGGACAUUCCUAGCAUUGAGUUUAUCAGUAUUAGAAUGGCUCAGAUCCCACACUUGAAUCUCAGUUGGGCGGAAUUGCAGGCGGCGAAGGAUCGUCGUGACUUUUAUGUCACAACAUUCCCAGAUAACUUUCCAAACGAGAACCGGGCUCCGAUUCCAGCAGAAUGGAAUUUCUUCUAA